AGCUACUGUCCUUCAUCUCGUCUACCCAUGCCUUCCGUCGCCCAAAAAGUCUCCACCAAGUCCUAUCUGUCUGCGACUGAGCUGCUUCACGACGUGCAGAGUGCUUUUGAGAGCAACGAGGCCAACUUCAAUGUCAUAUACCCUCACGCGUUGAAGUGUCGGGCCGCCGAGCAGGCGGGCCAGGCUCCCAAACCAGGCCAGGUGUGGAUCGUCUGCUUCUCCUACGACCCCGAACCCUGCGCACUGUUCAUCCUCUCAUGCACGACCACCGAAAUGGGUAAAUAUCCCAUCUUCAUCACUACCACCUGCCCCACAGAGCGCCUUAGCCCCAACUCCAUUCAUCACCCAGUUUCCCUCCUCGCCAAAGAACUCUAUAGAGCCGUCCCUGUUCCCAGGGUCUAUUCAGUAUUCGCACCCGACGCGAUCGCCCAGCAUUUCGCACGGCUGUGGACCGGCCUCACGGGCGUCGGUCACAUACCGAAUCCUUACUAUGCUGCAAAAUUAUCUUUCUGUACAACGGGGACAUUCAGAUACAGACGGGAGACAGUGGUUCAGGGAGUCACAUAUGAACUGUGCCCAGCGGUGGCCAGCGACAUUGAGAAGAUCGCUCAAUUAUGCUAUGGCUUCGCAAGUGAAUCGGAUCCUUUCUUUCUCGAUCACGCCGGAGCUCUGAGAGAAGCCACUCUCCUCGUCGGUCAAAAUAAAGUUUGGGUGCAUCGCAUCAGGAGGCAGGGAGAAGACCGCAGUGCCAUCGCAUCCAUCGUUGCCUUCACGCGUAACAGCGGCAAAGUUGCGACAAUAACAAAGGUGUAUACCAAUCCCGAUUACCGCCGUGCAGGUUGCGCCGAACGACUUGUUAGGCGAGUUUGCAAAUAUUUGUUCAUGACCAAAGAAAAAGUAGCCUUGUACGUUGCUCACAACAACCCGGCAGCGUCUAAGGUGUAUCACCGCGUCGGCUUUGCCGGGCUGGGCGGUGAUGGUGUUCCUGUCAAUGGUGUAGAUGCCUGGACUGAAAUAGGGUUUGACCGCGAUGUGAUUGACCUUGGACAUUGGUAACGGAUCGUAAAAAGAGACCGCCGAUACUGAAAGGCAAGGGGGUUGCCAGUACGUUGACAGAGUGACGUGUAAUAUAUCUAGAAUUUACGAGAUAAUGCAACUGACGCACCAC